UCGGCGGACCGUUCACAGACGGGCCACAAGGAGCUCGCGUCUCGAUCGGCUGAUACUCAUUCGCGGUGAAGAUAUCACGUCCGAGAUCGUCUUGGAAGGGUCGACUAUUGUUGAUAUUUCUGACGAAGUGAGCAAGAGAUUGCUUAAGAGUUCGAAGGAUCGUCUUAUCAGGAGAUAUUGACAAAAGCAGUCCGAUUAUCAAAACUUAAUGCGUGCUUUGCGUCUAAAGGAAAUCUAUAGCCUGCAGAGAGAAAUAUAAACUAAAGUUCUAGAAGACAAGCACGAUCGAGACAUCUUGACAGCAAAAUAUAUUCAUAAGAAGAAUCGAGAAACGAAUUUUUUCAAAUUGUCAGAAAAAAAGAAAGAAUUAAUUGUAAAGAAAGAAAAAGGAAGAAGAGGUAGAAGAUUUUCUUUAGUAAAGAAAUUUGUGAUCGUGCUGAAGGAUGAUUUUUAUUGGCGCCACGACGUAUUUCCUACUCGCCAUCGUUCUGGUGGCCUUGGUCUUGAUCGUGAUGGAUCAUAUCAGAUUGAAGAAGAAGCCGAAGAAAUUAUAUGACGGUGAAGAGCCAUCCGGCUUACCAGAUCCACCUGGACCGACACCAUGGCCAAUUUUGGGCUCUCUUCAUAUUUUGGGACGUUAUGAUGUGCCUUACAAGGCUUUUGGCGACCUCGUCAAGGCCUACAACAGCCAGAUAAUCAAGCUCAAGCUGGGAUCUGUACCUUGCGUCGUCAUCAAUGGAUUGGAGAACAUCAAGGAGGUCUUGAUCCUCAAGGGCCACCACUUCGACUCUAGGCCAAACUUCGUUAGAUAUCAUCUUCUUUUCUGUGGCAACAAGGAGAACUCUCUGGCAUUCUGUAACUGGUCAGAUCUCCAGAAAAUGCGAAGAGAGAUGCUACGAGGGCAUACUUUCCCGCGCGCCUUUACCGUGCGUUACAACCAGUUAAACGGCAUAAUCGGCGACGAGAUGGAAUGGCUGAUUAAUCACCUGACCGGCAUCUCUGGUAUCAGCAUGCACGUCAAGCCGCUGAUAUUGCACACGUGCGCGAACAUCUUCUUCAAGUACUUGUGCUCGCGAAGCUUCGAGUACGGUGACGAUGGCUUUAGCCAAAUACUCGAGAAUUUCGACAAGAUCUUCUAUGAAGUAAACCAGGGAUACGCCGCGGAUUUUAUGCCGUUUCUAAUGCCACUCCAUCAGCGUAACAUGGCGAGGAUAGCGACUUGGACCCAUGAAGUCAGAGAGUUCAUGGAGAAACACAUAAUUGGAGAUCGUGCAACCAGUUGGAAAUCGGUCAUACCUGAGGUAGACUAUGUAGAUUGUUUAAUAAAUCACAUGAAGACCGAUGCUGAGCCCAAAAUGACGUGGAACAUGACAAUGUUUGCGCUGGAAGAUAUCGCCGGAGGUCAUUCGGCAGUCGGCAAUUUCCUAGUAAAGAUUCUGGGAUUCCUGGCUACACGACCGCACGUACAAAAAACAGCGCAGAUGGAAAUCGACGGGAUCGAGACUACGAGUAAGUUCAUUGGGCUAGAGAACAGAGGAAAUAUGCCGUAUACGGAAGCUAUCAUUCUUGAAGGAAUCAGGUUGAUUGCCAGUCCGAUUGUUCCGCACGUUGCCAACCAGGAUAGCUCCAUAGCCGGUUACAAAAUAGAGAAGGACACAUUUAUCUUCUUGAACAAUUAUGAAUUAAAUAUGUCGGAGGAGUUAUGGACCUCUCCUGAAGAAUUCAUGCCUCAGAGAUUCAUACAGAACGGCAAAUUGCUGAAACCAGAACACUUUCUGCCUUUCGGGGGCGGUCGAAGAUCUUGCAUGGGUUACAAGAUGGUUCAAUAUAUCAGCUUCUCGACAAUAGCCACCUUACUAAAGAACUUCAACAUAUUGCCGGUAGAGAAGGAGAUCUACAAAGUUCCUAUCGGCAAUCUGGCACUUCCUACGAACACCUUCAAGGUCCGUUUCGAAAAACGGUAGGAAAUGCAAAAGAAUAAAUCAAUGAGAAAGAAUGAAUUUGGCCGAUGAAAUCGGAGCGUGAUUUCUCGUCCAUAAUCCGAUCACUGGGCUCCUGAAAACUUUGUCGAUUACGCGGAAUCAGCGAUUAAAGAGAUCAAUUGAAUCCGAGCAGAAGACAAAUUUAAAAAAAUUGUUCGAUAUUUAACUCAAUUUACUUGAUGGCUAUCGAACUAAGAUUAGUGUUUUGCACAUAGGCGAAAUUCUUAUUAACGUUAUGUGUAGCGGAGGACCAGCAGCUAAAAAGAGGCUUUUGAUUCCAACGAAGCUUUACUUACGUAGGAAAGAUUAAAUACGAGAACGAGCGAAGAAUACUGACAUUACUAGCUCGUUAAGAUAGCUAAUUGAAUCGUUCCUCGACUCGUGCUCUAGGCGCGAAUACGCGCGGAGCCCAGUUUCGUUAGUGCAAAU